AGUUUCCUGCACAGAAACUCUGUGAGUUCAGAGGGGAGGGUUCUGGCGACCUCACUUCUCGGGUGCCCUGGGCUGAUUUCUCCUUCUCCCUCCCUCCGCUUCCUCUCCCAUCUGCGGGUUCAGGGCUGUGUACACAGUCCCUCGCGAGCUUCCCCUCCACAAGCCCAAGACUGAGCCUGGUGUUGGGGCUGCCUUGUCACCGGCGGCUGGAUCCUGUCUCCCCAGCCGUAAGGAGACAUCAGUAAGGACUGCCCCUUUGCCACGGUCUAGCCUCGUCCACAGACCAGAAGCCGAGCGACCAAGAAGCAGGUGUUGAGAAGUUGGUCUUUCUCUACUAGAGCGACUUCACUUCUGUUCUAUCCUGAGAGGAGGCCUGGAGGAGAAGACCCCGCGUGGCCAUGAACUCUGCCAUCACCAGCUGUGAGCACCCUGACCCCUUGAGGGGCGAAAGUGUUCUCAUCUUCCACGGUGCUGGCCAAGGCAAGAAGAAGGAGGGCCAGCGCGAGAGUCCCAGCAGCAGCCACCUGGCCUACGGCAUCUUGGACAUCCCACCGUGGUAUCUCUGCAUCUUCUUGGGGAUCCAGCACUUCCUCACGGCCCUGGGCGGGCUCGUGGCAGUGCCGCUCAUCCUGGCCAAGGACCUGUGUCUGCAGCAUGACCCCCUCGCCCAGAGCUACCUCAUCAGCACCAUUUUUUUCGUCUCCGGCAUCUGCACUCUCCUGCAAGUGUUUUUGGGAGUCAGGCUGCCCAUUCUCCAGGGAGGGACAUUUGCUUUCCUGGCCCCCUCCCUGGCCAUGCUGUCUCUUCCCGCCUGGAAGUGUCCCGAGUGGACACUCAACGCCAGCCAGGUGAACACCAGCUCUCCCGAAUUCACCGAGGAAUGGCAGAAGAGGAUCCGAGAGUUGCAGGGCGUCGUCAUGGUCGCCUCCUGUUUCCAGAUGCUCGUGGGCUUCUCGGGACUCCUCGGCUACCUCAUGCGCUUCAUCGGCCCCUUGACCAUCGCUCCGACCAUCUCCCUGGUGGCCCUGCCUCUCUUCAAUUCUGCCGGCAAUGAUGCCGGGGCCCACUGGGGGAUUGCCGCCCUGACCGUCUUCCUCAUCACGCUGUUCUCUCAGUACCUGAAGAACAUCGCGGUGCCCGUGCCCCUUUACGGACGGCAGAAGGGGUGUCGCGUCUCGAAGUUCCCGCUGUUUCAGGUCUUCCCUGUGCUGCUGGCGCUCUGCAUUUCGUGGCUCCUCUGCUUCGUGCUCACGGCGACCAACGCCCUCCCCUCGGCCCCCACGGCCUACGGGUACCUGGCCCGCACCGACGCCAAAGGCAGCGUCCUGAGCCAGGCCCCUUGGUUUCGCUUCCCUUACCCAGGACAGUGGGGCCUCCCCACCAUCAGCCUGGCUGGGGUCUUCGGGAUCAUCGCUGGGGUGAUCUCCUCAAUGGUGGAGUCUGUAGGCGAUUAUUAUGCCUGCGCCCGGCUGGUGGGGGCCCCACCCCCUCCGAAGCACGCCAUCAACCGCGGCAUCGGCAUCGAGGGCCUCGGCUGCCUGCUGGCAGGCGCCUGGGGGACCGGGAACGGCACCACCUCGUACAGCGAGAAUGUUGGGGCACUGGGAAUCACCAGGGUGGGGAGCAGGAUGGUGAUUGUCGCCGCGGGCGGUGUGCUGCUCCUGAUGGGCGUGUUUGGGAAGGUUGGGGCUGCGUUUGCCACCAUCCCAACCCCCGUGAUCGGAGGCAUGUUCCUGGUGAUGUUCGGGAUCAUCUCUGCCGUGGGGAUUUCCAACCUGCAGUACGUGGACAUGAACUCGUCCAGGAACCUGUUUGUCUUUGGCUUCUCCAUCUUCUGUGGGCUCACCAUUCCCAACUGGGUGAACAAGAACCCUGAGAAGCUCCAGACAGGGGUUCUCCAGCUGGACCAGGUCAUCCAGGUGCUGCUGACCACGGGCAUGUUCGUCGGUGGAUUUCUGGGCUUUCUCCUGGACAACACCAUCCCUGGGAGUCUGGAGGAGAGAGGCCUCCUGACAUGGAAUCAAAUCCAGGAGUCUUCAGAGACGACGAAGGUCUUGGAGAUCUACGGCUUCCCUUGCGGGAUUGGCACCCAGUCCUGCUCUCCCUCCUGGACCCGGUAUCUCCCCUUCUGGCCCAGACUGGAAGGCGGUGGAAAAGAAGAGGUGGGAAUGAGCCAGCGCACACUCUGUUCCUAGGAUCCCUCAGGAGAGCGUCCCAAGGGAGCCCCAGAAACCAGGAUGUGAGGCUGUCUCUCCUGACCCAUGUCCCUAAGCCCUCUCCACCCACCCCUACCCCAGGACGUGCUGAUUGCCCUGUGCACGCACGGAUGGGGACCACACCCUCCUGAGCACCUCCGUUGGCCUAUCCACCUCGGCGGCCAGAUAAGCAUUAACUGAAGACCACGACAAGCGUGCUUGGACGAGGCCAGGCCUCGAACUGCAUCCUUCCGCUGGUCUCCAGCCUCGCACCUCCAGUACAAACCAGUGCAGCCCGGUGUCCCUGCAGAAACGCCCUCAGUCCACAUGUUCUCGAUAGUAUUUUGAUGCCUUGGGAGAAAGAGGCCUGGGGGGUGGGGCAGGGGACGGAGAUGCGGCUCUUGGCUGGAAGAACAGGUCUCUUCCUCCCCAAAGAGGCAGGUGGCCCUGCCAGCCCCUCCAGGCCCUUCCCCCUCUGUGCCCCUGAUGUCUGUAACCGCCGCACACCCCCAGGGGGAGUCCUUGGGGUUCGGCCCCUACAUCACAGGACAGUGAGUGGUGAGAGCUGGGCAGUGGAGUAGACAGGAGAUGAAGCGCUCCAAGAAUGGGGGUCUGCAGUGGAGGGGGGGCCCGUGCUGUGAUGUGUAAACUGUAAGGAGCCAGGCAAACCCCUUCCCUCUGCGGGCUCAGUGGACUAGUCAGGGUUCUCCAGAGAAACUGAGCCCAUGGGUUGUGUUUGUGUGUACAGAUACAGACACACGUGUACACACAUACAUGUGUGUUACUAGAUAUGUAUACCUAUGAAUAUAUACACACAUAUGUGGUUGACAGAAAUAUACACACACAGGAGAGAGAGACAGAGAGGGAGACACUUUAAGCAAUGGGUUCCUGUGACUGUGGGGGCUGGCGAGUCCAAAGUCUGCAGGGUAAACCAGUAGGCUGGGCAGAUUGGAGCUGAGUCCCUGAGGGUGAUCAUUGCAGGACUCCCUCCUCCUCGGGGGAGGUCAAUCAUUUGGGCUAUUCGGUCCUUCAACUGAUUGGACAAGGCCCACCACAUUGUGGCAAGUAAUCUGCCGUACUCAAAGUCUACUGAUUUAAACGUGAGUCUCAUCUAAAAUAAAUACCUUCAUAGAAACAUCUAGAAUAGUGUUUGGUCAAAUAUCACACCCAGCAUACAGCUCAGGGCCAUGUACACUCCUUGUCAAGGAGCCUUGCCAGAAAGUGCCCAGAGCACUGUGAAAUCUGGCCUCGCCUCCAUUCAGGGGUCUUUAUUACCAGAAGAAGCAGGUGUACCUGGUUCUACCCUGAUGUCCUGUAGCACACGGUUAAGGUCAGCACUGUUCCUGAGCUCCCGGAGCCUGGAGGAUGAGUGGGUGGUCCCCAGAACUCUCUAGAACCCACCAGAACAACAACCUGAACCCAGAGUGUGCUGAAAGUAUCUGGUAUUGUGACACCUCCAGAGACAGGUCCUGCCUGUCCUUUUCUUGGACGGCCUGUGGCCUGGGCCUCAGUGGCACCCAAUGCCCACCUCCCCCACCCCGAACAGGAGCACAGGGGCAGCAGGUGUGUGCCCUGCAGCAGGCCCGUCCCUGGUACCGAACUACCCCGAGAGACCAACACGGAGCCACGCUGCUCUUAAUGCUUUAUAAUAACCAGAAACUAAAACCAUCAAAAUGCUGCUGGGGCAGUCCAUCCAAAACACUCCCAGAAGGCUGAGGCAUGGGCAGCUUUGGCUGCCGGCAUUCAAACUUGGAAACGGUCCAGCUCACGCACCCCUUCCCUCCCAGCUGUGCUGCAUUACAGAUCCUCAUCGUCAAAGGUCUCCAUGCACUGCAGCAUCAACAGCUCAUGGUCCAGGGGAGGAGGGUCUGGUUCCUGCAAUGCACAGGGCGGAGAAGGAUGGCUUUUCAUUUAAGGAAUCCUGGCCCAGGCUGAUGAGGAGGCCCCGCCCUCUCAAGUGCGCCUGCUCCCUCGGUCUCUACCCCACAUCUCUUCAUUGCAUCUUCACCUCCAGCUUCCGGCCAGGAAGUAAGGUUAACGGGGGGAGGGGGGGCGGGGGAUGGUUCCAUUGCCAUUUCCCUCUACGACCGCCAGGAAGGCUUUUCCUGGAUACCGCAGAACUGGCUUCUUUGGAAAUCGUAAAGCUUUAUUCAAAUGGCCAUCAGCAGAGGAUGGUGAAUCACACCGUGAUGCACCCACUGCUGGAAUGCCACGCAGCUAUUUCAGUAAAAAGGAACGUGAUCACUCCCUCUCUGUGGGAUAUACUAAUUAAAAAGGGCGAGAUAUAAGCAA